CCGUCUUUGUAACCAUGUUCCGGUUCCCCCAGGUACCAGCUAGCCGAGCCCUCCAGGUUCUGCCACCCGGCCAAGGGAAACCGUGGGCUCCGGCAAGGUGUCGGUGGUCGCUCACCGGGGCGGUGGGCACGACGCACCGGAGAACACGAUGGCAGCUAUCCGGGAGGCCAGUAAAAAUGGUGCGACUGGUGUGGAACUGGACCUUGAAUUCUCAGCAGAUGGCGUCCCGAUACUGAUGCACGAUGACACUGUGGAUCGGACCACAAACGGGUCAGGGCCACUCAGCAAGAUGACGUUUUCCCAGUUGCGUAAACUGGAUGCAGCAGCCAAACAUCGACUCAGGGACAAAUUUGCUGGAGAGAAGAUCCCAACUCUGGAGGAGGCGGUGGAGGAAUGCAUCAAACUGCAGCUCACCAUCUACUUUGAUGUCAAAGGUCAUCCAGAUGAGGCAGCCGCAGCUCUUAAGGACUUGUAUAAGAAACAUCCAGUCCUCUACAACAGCAGCAUUGUCUGCUCCUUCCAACCCAAAGUCAUCUACAGGAUGAGACAGAGUGAUCCAGAGGUGGUGACAGCGCUGACCCACCGGCCGUGGAGCCUGAGUCGGCUCGGAGACGGCACCCCACGUUUCCCGUCGCUAUGGAAACACCAUUGGAUGACACUAAUGGACAUUGUGUUGGACUGGGCGCACCAUAACGUGUUGUGGAAGCUCUGCGGGGUCUCAGCCUUCCUCAUACAGAAGAACUUCGUCUCACCGGACUAUGUGCAGUACUGGGCCCAGAGGGGGGUGGAGGUUGUCGCCUGGACCGUCAACACAAAAGUGGAGAAAGAUUAUUACCAGGAGCUGCUGAAAGCCAACUACAUCACAGACAGCCUCGUGGAAGACUGUGAUCCUCAUUACUGAGAAACACACGAACCCAGCACACAACAUGUUCACAUACGUCCGCAUUUUAUCAAGAGAACUUUUCACUUACUACCCAUCACUCAUGUGUGGCUUCAGGUAGGAGAACAAAUGUUAUCUAGUUGGACUUUUAUUUCCAAUCUCACUUUUAUUAAUGAGAUUCUGUGUACUUUCUUCAACAUGAUCAGACUCAGUGCCAUACUUCAUAAGAAGAGGACAGGUUUUUCUCUGACUGCAUCACUUUAGUAAUAGAAUGAAUUGAUACAACAUGUUGAUAAAAUGUAUCCAAAAUCAACCAGUAUCAAACGUACUGUAUUCACCAACUCAGGACUGCAGAGAUUUUUUUAUGUUUGUCUUGUUCAUCGUGUAUAUUUUACUGUGGUUUCAAGGUCUAUAAUAUCAUGGGCUGUUUGUGCUUUUUACUCAGUAAAGGUCGUUAGUCUGUAGGAAACUACCUAGAAAUGAUUUUCAUCACUUAUGGAAAUCUAAAAGCCAUUAAAUACAUGUUAAAUGUUUGAAUGUGCAUAUGGAACUGAAGUGUAAUAUUUAGCAGGAUUUCCAUACAAAUGGCCAGUUUUCCUCACUGUUCUAGGAUUAUACAUUGUAGGUAAUUUUGUUAUUUGAAAAAAAAAAAAUACAAUUUGCUCAGACAAAGUGGUUUCCUGGUAGUUUAUGUUCAGGCUUUUGCACCUCACUGUAUCUGUUGAGCAGAUAAACCAUUUUUUAACUACUACACUGACACAUUGUCGCUGCUGUUGUUGUUUUCUCAUUACUGAUGUUGAAUAUGACUCCAGUAGAGUUUAGUGAUAAAGUACUGUGACUGGAAACACUGAAGGACAGUGUGGAUGAGCAGUGAGAUUAAGGCGUGAAUGGGCAGAUUUUGUUCAAGACGUUAAAACUACAGUGGUACAGAAUAUAUUUAGUAAAUUUACUGUAUAAAAUAGCAGAAGAAGCACAGUUGAAACUAACUGUCUUUGCUUGACGCAGGAACUGGUGCACCUAAAUGAAACUCAGCUCAGCUUAAUGUUGAAAUUCACUAUUAGAAACAUUUUCAAACUGGACAAUUCUCUGAAAUGAUACAAUGUAGAAUUUCUGGUGCGCUCUUUGACCCAAAUAGCAACCUCGAAUGCAAUUUUAAAGUAAUUGAAAAUGUGUUGGGGAUAAACUAAAAGUGAAUGAUUUAUUUGAAGUGUUGUCAGUAGUCUUAAAAAUGAUUAAAUGCAUCAUGAAUAGGGGAUCUUCUAUGAUUGCACAUGUUUGUUGUGAUGUGGACUGACCUGGUUGAGGGGAAAAGUGUAUAAAAUGUUGCUUAUCUCAAUUUUUAAUGGAAAAUUUAGUUUGUCUUUCUUUGUUUUCUCGCACCGCAAUAAAAUUACUCUUGGAUGACAUGUUUCCAGCAAUAAAUGCUUUUAAAAAAUA